UUGCCCUUCCUCUGUUUAAACGGCAAGUCAUCACUGCAUCUAAGCUGAGUUUAACAUCUAAGGAUGCUUUCUCUUAUUGGACAGUUAAUUUGCAACCAAUAAUUCAUCUAGAGGGAAGCACACUUUUGUAGAGGCACCAAAUCACACUUUAAAGCAGCAGGAGGCGGUCGAAUAAUGAGUGAAACCACAACUCCUCCUCCCACCAAUAGUGAAUUUGGAAUUGGACAAGAACAACUGUGUUCGUUAUCAACAGAGCAAAGUACUGCUGCUCUCGAGCUCUACGGAGGGGUUGUAGGAAUAUCGAAUUUGCUGAAUACCAGUUUAGCGAAAGGAAUUCAUGGUGAUGAGGCUGAUUUAUUAAGACGAAGAAGGGCUUUCGGUUCUAACAAUUAUCCUCGAUGGAGACGAAAAGGUUUUCUGAUAUUUGUAUGGGAAGCUUGCAAAGAUCCUACCUUGCUUAUUUUACUGGUAUCUGCAGCGAUUUUAUUGGCAUUAGGGAUAAAGUCUAAGGGUGUCAAGGAAGGAUGGUACGAUGGGGGAAGCAUAGCUUUUGCUGCUUUUAUUGUCAUUGUAGUUACAGCCAUGAGUGAAUACAGGCAGUAUGUUCAAUUUCACGACACAAAUGAAAAGAAGAGAAAUAUACACCUAGAGGUGAUUAGAGGCGGGAGAAGGGUUAAGAUCUCAAUUUAUGAUAUUGUCGUUGGCGAUGUUAUACCCCUUAAUAUUGGUGACCAGGUCCCAGCUGAUGGAAUUCUAAUCACUCCUCACCCUCUUGCAAUUGAUGAAUCAAGCAUUCAUGGGGAGAGCAUAAUUGUUCAUAAAGAUUCUAGGGCCCCUUUCUUGAUGUCUGGAUGUAGAGUUCAAGAUGGUAGUGGCACUAUGCUGGUAAUAGGUGUUGGCAUUAAUACUGAGUGGGGGUUACAAAUGGCUAUUUCUUCAGAUGACCCAAUUGAAGAAACACCUUUGCAGGCUCGUCUAAAUGGUGUAGCCACCUUUUUUGGUAUUGUUGGUCUCUCUGUCACAGCUGUUAUUCUGACGGUACUGCUGGCCAGAUACUUCACUGGCCAUACCAGAAACUUAGAUGGGAAUGUUCAAUUUAUAGCGGGCAAGACUAGAGCUGUUGAUGCUAUACAUGGAGCAGUUAGCAUAGUAACAAUUGCGGUCACCAGUAUAGUGGUUGCAGUACCUGACAGCCUCCCAUUAACAGUCAACUUCACGUUAGCCUUCUCAUUAAGGAAACUGAUGGCAUCUAAGAUUUUGGUGAGGAAGCUUUUUGCUUGCGAGAUGAUGGGCUCUGCCACAGUUAUUUGUAGUGACAAGACUGGUACAUUGACUAUGAAUCAGAUGAUUGUGGUUGAGGCAUAUGCUGGUGGUAGAAAAAUUGAUCCUCCUAGCAACGGGUUAAGAAUCUCUCCCAAGCUCCAAUCGUUGCUCAUUGAAGGUGUUGCACAAAACACUAAUGGCAAUGUUUACUUACCUGAGGGUUGCACUGGUAUUGAGAUUUCUGGAUCACCAACAGAAAAGGCAAUUUUACAUUGGGGAGUACAGAUUGGGAUGGAUUUCGAGGCUGCCAGAUCAGAGUCUUCAAUUAUUCACAUGUUUCCUUUCAAUGCAGAGAAAAAACGUGGCGGAGUUGCAAUACAGAAGGCUGACCAUGAAAUCCACAUACAUUGGAAAGGUGCUGCUGAGAUAAUUCUUGCUCGUUGUACAUGGUACUUGGAUACAAAUGACCAUUUGAUGGAGAUGAGUGGAGAGAAGAUGGCAUUUUUCAAUCAAAUUAUUGAAGACAUGGCUGCUAAAAGUCUUCGUUGUGUUGCUAUUGCAUAUCGACCAUGGAAAAAGGAGGACAUUCCAGUCAAUGAAGAACAAUGGGCUCACUCGUCUAUACUAGAAGAUGAUCUUAUUUUGCUUGCUAUUGUUGGUUUGAAGGAUCCUUGUCGACCUGGAAUAAAAACUACAGUGCAGCUUUGCCAAAAAGCUGGGGUUAAGGUGAUAAUGUUCACUGGUGACAACAUCAAUACUGCCAAAGCAAUUGCUUUGGAAUGUGGAAUACUAUCUUCCUUUGAUAAUGCUAUAGAACCAUGUGUCAUUGAGGGAAGAGAAUUCCGUGCCUUAACAGAUGAACAAAGAGAAGAGAUAGCUGAAAAAAUAGUUGUUAUGGGACGGUCAAGUCCUAAUGACAAGUUAUUACUUGCGGAAGCGCUCAGAAAGAGGGGACAUAUUAUCGCUGUAAUUGGGGAUGGAACAAAUGAUGCUCCGGCACUAUAUGAGGCCGAUGUAGGUCUUGCCAUGGGUAUACAGGGCUCACAAAUUGCAAUAGAAAGCUCUGAUAUCAUACUUAUGGAUGACAACUUCCCUUCAAUUUUGAAGGUUGUGAAAUGGGGUCGAUGUAUAUAUGCUAACCUACGGAAAUUUAUCCAAUUUAAUCUUACAAUAAGUGUGACAGCUCUUCUUAUAAAUGUUGUUGCUACACUCUCUUCUGGUGAUAUCCCACUAAAUGCUGUGCAGCUUCUGUGGGUAAAUCUUAUCAUGGAUACUCUAGGAGCACUAGCAUUGGCAACUGAACAACCAACAAAUCUCCUGAUGAAUCUACCUCCAGUAGGCCGAAGAGAACCGCUAAUCUCAAAUACAAUGUGGAGGAACAUAUUGAUACAGGUAGUAUAUCAGGUGUCUGUCUUGCUCGCUCUAAACUUUCAAGGUAGCAUUCCGGGUUUCACACAUGAUGCAACUGAUCAUGGGAUUAAACUGAAGAAAACAUUGAUCUUCGAUGCAUUUGUACUAUGUCAGAUCUUCAAUGAAUUUAAUGCAAGGAAGCUAGAUGAAUUCAACAUAUUUAAAGGAGUCACGAGAAACUACCUCUUUAUGGGAAUAAUAGGCUUGACAGUUGUGCUUCAGUUUAUCAUCGUUGAAUUCCUCGGAAAAUUCACUUCCACAUUCAGGCUUAAUUGGAAGCAGUGGUUCAUCUGUGUCAUUAUUGGCUUUAUUAGUUGGCCUCUUGGUUGUUUUGGGAAGUUGAUACCAGUGCCACACACUCCAAUCAAUAAUAAAUUUAGAAGAAUUCUUCAUGGAAGAACUCAAAUGCAAAGUGGUCAGAGUACAACAAGAGAAAGUCCUUCGUACUCCAAACUAGUUAUAUGUUGCUAUUUGAUUGUAAACUUAUUUUCAAGAUUUCAACGUCGAAGAACAUCAACGCACCAGGUUCUAUACUGUAGUGCAGUCACAUGUUUUGUUUAUUAUCAAGAUUUUUAAAUCAACCGUUAAUAGAGUCCGAUACUCUCCUUUUUUUUUAUAUAUGACGAUAUACUAUAUGAUAUUUAUCUUUCUUU